AUGUAUCACAAGAGCCCCCCCAAGAUCACCCCAUUAUGUAUCACAGAGCCCCCCCAAGAUCACUCCAUUAUGUAUCACAAGAGCCCCCCCAAGAUCACUCCAUUAUGUAUCACAAGAGCCCCCAAGAUCACUCCAUUAUGUAUCACAGAGUCACUCCAUUAUGUAUCACAAGAGCCCCCAAGAUCACUCCAUUAUGUAUCACAAGAGCCCCAAGAUCACCCCAUUAUGUAUCACAAGAAGCCCCCAAGAUCACCCCAUUAUGACAAGAGCCCCAAGAUCACCCCAUUAUGUAUCCAAGAGCCUCCCAAGAUCACUCCAUUAUGUAUCAGAGCCCCCAAGAUCACUCCAUUAUGUAUCACAAGAGCCCCCAAGAUCACUACAUUAUGUAUCACAAGAGCCCCCAAGAUCACUCCAUUAUGUAUCACAAGAGCCCCAAGAUCACCCAUUUGUAUCACAAGAGCCCCCAAGAUCACUCCAUUAUGUAUCACAAGAGCCCCCCAAGAUCACCCCAUAGUCUACAGAGCCCAGGAUCUCAUUAUGUAUCACAAGAGCCCCCCAAGAUCACUCCAUUAUGUCUCACAAAACCCCCAAGAUCACCCAUUAUGUACAACAAGAGCCCCCCAAGAUCACCCCAUUAUGUAUCACAAGAGCCCCCAAGAUCACUCCAUUAUGUAUCACAAGAGCCCAAGAUCACUCCAUUAUGUAUCACAAGAGCCUCCCAAGAUCACUCCAUUAUGUAUACAAGAGCCUCAGAUCACCCCAUUAUGUCUAGAGCCCCAGAUCAUAAGUGUAUCACAAGACUCCAAGAUCACUCCAUUAUGUAUCACAGAGCCCCCAAGAUCACCCCAUUAUGUAACAAGAAGAUCACUCCAUUAUGUAUCACAAGAGCCCCCAAGAUCACUCCAUUAUGUAUCACAGAGCCUCCCAAGAUCACCCCAUUAUGUAUCACAAGAGCCCCCAAGAUCACCCCAUUAUAUCACAAGACCCCCAAGAUCACUCCAUUAUGUAUCACAAGAGCCCCAAGAUCACUCCAUUAUGUAUCACAAGAGCUCCCCAAAACCACUCCAUUAUGAAUCACAAGAGCUCUCUAGAUCACCCCAUUAUGUAUCACAAGAGCCCCAAGAUCACCCUCUUAUGUAUCACAAGAGCCCCAAGAUCACCCCAUUAUCUGUCAAAGAGCCCCCAAGAUCACUCCAUUAUGUAUCACAAGAGCCCCCAAGAUCACUCCCAUUAUAA